AUGGGUUUCAAGAAGGAAGACAAAAGUUUGGGGGAAACUCUUGCUGCGAUUCUUGUAAAUUUUGAUGCUGAAGACAUGGAGGUCCUCAAGAAAGAAAUCAUCAAGUGGUUAGAUACUGGAGCGGCUUACCCUAUUGCUGACAGUAAAUGGGUGAGCCCAGUUCAACGUGUUCCGAAAAAGGGUGGCAUCACAGUUGUGCCCAAUGCAAAGAAUGAACUGAUUCCAACGAGGAUUGUGACAGGGUGGAGAGUUUGUAUGGAAUAUCGCAAGCUUAACAGUGUUACUUACAAAGAUCGCUUCCCUAUUCCUUUUAUUAAUCAAAUGCUUGAUCAGCUAGUUAGGCGAUCUUACUAUUGCUUCCUUGACGGGAUGCCCUUCGGUCUCUGCAAUGCAUUGGCUUCCUUUCAGCGAUGUAUGAUGUUGAUAUUUUCUAAUAUGGUGGAAGACUUCUCGGUUGUUAGUGAUUCUUGUGAUGACUGUCUUGACCAUCUGGGGAGACGUUUCCUUGCUAUGGGAAGAGCUCUUACGGAUUUGGAAAAGAACGAAAUAAAAUUCCGAGUCAAUGAUGAGGAAAUUACUUUUUAG